AUGCCCGAACGUCUAAGUACACCAAUAAAUAAUCCAGAAGAUAAGAACGAGCUGGACAAUGUCAUCGCAGAAGAAGAAGCUAUCGGUGAAAGUGUUGACAACAUUUUAAGAAAAAUUGGUGCUUGUGGUCCUUCCAACAUUUUAAUCCUUAUUGGCUGCAUGAUUUUAAAUUUCGGUAUUUCUCCACAAACACUUUUAAUGUAUUUCGCAGCCAACGAUCCCCCUUGGAAGUGUGUGAACAGCAGUAGAAAUGUAUUUUGUGAACAUUCUAGAGGUAAAAUCUUUGAUUCUACGGACGAUAACUUUCAAAAGCGUUGUUCAUUUAAUCGCUCUGACUGGGAGUACACUACCAACUCGAGAUACUCCAUUGUAACCGAAUUUGAUCUAGUAUGUGGCAAAGACUCUUUUGCAGCUCUAGCUAACUCAGCAUUAUUUAUUGGAUGGGGCAUCGGUGGUGUGUUUACUGGAUUGAUUUGUGAUAUGGUUGGUCGAAAGUUAACCUUGACGGCAUCAUUUUUGAUUACUACGCUCCUGUCGUUAGCUUGCUGUUUUAUCACAGCCAUAUGGCAAUUGGUUUUACUUCGAACAUUUCUUGGCAUUUCAACGGGUACCGUUAUGGCUGUUCAAUACAUUUUGCUAUCUGAAUUGACUGCUCCUGAGAAUCGCUCGUUGCAAAUAAACACACUUGGCCUUGCAUUCACAUUAUCGCUUUCCGCUUUAACUGGUAUUGCUUAUUACAUACGAGAGUGGAGGCACUUGGUUAUGUUUGUUACAAUACCAGUUUUGGUUGGUUUAAUAAUGACAAUUGUGUUGCCAGAAUCACCAAGAUGGCUCUACACAAAAGGCAAGCUCGUUAAAUCAGAGCGGAUUUUGAAGAAAAUGGGUAGUUUAAAUAAUCGCGACUCGACGGGAUAUAAGUUAAAGCCAACCAUUGAAAGCAACGUUAAAGAAAAAACCUAUUCGUAUUUAGAUAUGUUUAGGACUUGGUCUAUCACGAUGUUUGUAUUAGCUCAAGCUGUUGGUUGGUUUACAAAUGGCCUUGUGUAUUAUGCCCUUUCUCUCGAAGCUGCCGACUUGGGAGGGGACAUCUACACAAAUUUUGUUAUGGUUGCGUUUGCAGAUGUACCUGGCAACAUCUUGGCCAUUUAUAUUUGUAAUCGUUUUGGAAGAAAGAAGUCUACCCUUCUUUCCUUCUUGAUAGGCGGUUUGUUGCUUGGCUGUAUAGCACCAAUACCGAAAUCAUAUUCACACGGUCACAUCAUUAGAAUCGUACUUGCUUUAAUUGGUAAAUGUUGUAUAGAUAUCUCGUUUAGCGGUUUUUACAUUUGGACCUUGGAGUUGUACCCUACAGUUGUGCGGACACAGGGAAUGACAAUUUGUCAGAUUUCAUGUCGCGUUGGUUCUGCUUCAGCCCCAUUUAUCGUGAACGUUUUAAGAAAUGUAUGGCCACCUUUGCCGUUUAUUAUUAUGUGUGGGGCAUCCAUCUUGGCUGCUCUGAUGGGAUUGAUCCUCCCAGAAACAUCUGGGAAAGCUACAAGAGAGAAAUAUGAAGAUAUAUAUACAAAGCCGUCUAAUAUUUCUUUAUUAAAAGAUGAAUCCCGACCUCUUAUGUCAGAUACUGAUGAAUUGCCAGUAGUUGCUUGA